AUGGGAGAGGCUGGAGGCUUCCCCGAUCCGGCAAGGCGCGCCAAUCUGGACUUUGACGCCCGCGUCCCCAUCCCCUUCAGUGUCUUCCCGUCGUCGUACCGGAGUGACGCUGUUCCUGAGCCUACUCCAGAAAGAGUAGAGGGAGAAGAAGCCAAUCUCGAUCGUCCUUCGCACGUCGAACGGGAAGAUACUCGAACCUCCGCUCCUCUCCCUGACCCUCGUGUCUACGGAAAGGAAGAAGUCGAUCUCCACGCUCCUCCCCAGCAGGAAUAUCCCCAGUUCCAGCACCAGCACCAGCCGCAGCAGUACGAGCAGUACCCUCAGCACGAGCAGUACCAGCAGUACCAGCAGCCCCAGGAGUUUCAGCCUCAGCAGCCUCAAUAUCCCGAACAGUACUCUACUGCCUACGAGGACCGUGCUAGCCACAAUCCCCAGGUUGAUCUGAGCCGUGAAAGUUACCGUGAACCCACCUCUGUCCGCUACCCUGAGCAGCAGACAUACGACAAGCAAGGCCUCGAGAACCAGCUCGACAUCACCGAGAGAGAAUAUCGUCGUCGCGUCAACCCGACCUACGACGUUAACCCCUCUUCGUCCUACCAGCCUACCGUAGCCCCUAACCAAGGCUACCAGCCCCAGCCCGCUUCGGACGUCUCGUACAGCCGGACCUUCCCGUCUCAAGCUUCGUACGACCGCCCUUACAAGGACCAGCCCCUCGAGACCUACCGAGGAGCCUCUUCUUCUACUGGUCGCAGCAGCACCGAGUCCGUUGCACCUUCUUCUACUUCUUCUUCUUUUGACAAGGUUAAGUCCUUGAAGCCUUUCACCGUUCUCGAUCAAGCACCAGUUCGCAAAAUGGGUUACUACGACGACGACGGUAAAUACCACUCCUUCCGCCGUGGGGUGGAGCGUGCUGCGGACCGCAUCAUGCACCCUCACGGCCACCACCACCAGCACGACCAUGAUGAGAUUGUUGUGGCUGACCAGAGUGGCCCAGUCGCCCCCUCCCGUGGCAAUGUCCGCGUUGUUGAGCCUCGCGGCCGUGGUGGCUCCGACGGCAACGUCCCGAUCCCCUGCCACUUCAUCCGCAUCGGAGACAUCCUGAUCCUUCAGGGCCGUCCCUGCCAGGUCAUCCGGAUCUCCGUCUCCCCCCAGACCGGCCAGCACCGCUACCUUGGUGUCGACCUCUUCACCCGCCAGUUGCAGGAGGAGUCUAGCUUCGUUGCUAACCCCUCCCCCUCUGUCGUGGUCCAGACCAUGCUUGGCCCCGUCUACAAGACCUACCGUAUCCUUGACAUCCGUGAUGACGGUGACAUCGUCGCCAUGACCGAGAACGGCGAUGUCAAGCAGGGUCUGCCUUGCAUCAGCCAGGGUAACCUCAAGCGUAAGAUCGCCGAUGCCUUCGCCGAUGGCCGUGGAAGCGUUCGCGCCCUCGUCAUCAACGACGGUGGUCACGACCUGGUUGUUGACUACAAGGUCAUCCACGGUUCCCGCCUGUAA